GGAGAUAAGCACCGUAGAUUUCCUGAAUUUACAUACUCUAACUCCGAGCUGGAUAUGUCUUCUGUGGAUUGUGAAGAUAGAGAUCCCGCUCCUGGUACACCAAGAGCCGCUGUUACCAAUGGUGAUUCAUUAAUGAGACUUCCAAGUGUCUCGUAUGACAAGAAUGACCUGAUUCAUGACAUUGGUGGAGGUGGCUCAGAAAAUGUUGUGGAAGCGGAGGAGUAUCUGAGUCCUGUGGAGCAGCAGCAUCAGCAUCACCAACACAGGCCAAAUUCUUUGCUUCGACUCUACGAUAGACAACAGAGCAAUAUUUCUGCUGCUUCUGCUCGUUCACCUGCUGAACAUUCUGAGUUCACUGAUGGAGCUAAGGGAGGUAUUCUUAGACAGGACAGUCAGAAAUUCAGGGAGAAGAAAUAUGGUCAUCUGACAGCUGCAGCCCGGGCCAAGCAGGAAAGAGAGUUACCUCAAAACAGGGGCAACAGCAUCAGUUCAAGAUAUAGUUCAGAUCCUAUUAAAUAUUUACGUGACAAAGAAGAAAUUGACUGGAAUAAUGUUGACAUGGAAGACUCCAGAGAAAGGUUGCCACAAAAGCCACUUAGUCCCAACGCCAUGAAGAUGUUUUCGAACAUUGUACUUCCAGUUGAUGAGGAAGAUUACUUGCGGCCUGGGGCUGCAGCACAAUCGCUUGCUUAUUUAGACCUUGAUGGCAAAGGUUACUACCAAAAUGAGAAAAACACAGAGGCAGCCUAUGAUGACUCAUUUGCAGAUGAUGAUGAUGACACCCUGCCCGAGCCAGUCUAUUCAGCUAAUGACAACAGCGGUGGCAAUCAUCGGCACCGUCAGGGGGACAAAUCGGCUACUACAGUGGCUGUGGCCAAUCCUGAUUACUUUGAAGAGAAUGACGUUGAUGUUUGGGAACAGAAAAAGCCACUACGAAAUGGUUAUCACCUUGUUCCUAGCAGCUCUAUAUCUCCUGUGCAUAAAAACAGCAAAGACAAUUCAGAUUCAUAUUAUAAAAGUAUGAAAGCACCCACGCAGUCCAGUCCAGACUUUUCACAAAGGUUGAAUACAAAAGUGACUAUGUCUGGUCUUCAAUUAGACGACCCUGUGUCUAAAGUUUGA